UUCUGCUUCUGUGUGAGCUAGUCAGUCCUCUCCUCCAUGGCGGCGGCGAGGGCGGGCGCGGCGGCCCGGCGGCUGUGCCACGCGGCGGCGGCGCAGCCCCCGCGGCUCAAGAAGCUCGCGCUGCACCCGCCGAAAUCCGUAGAGGUUCAAUUUGCAGAUGGCAGUAAAUUCCAUCUGUCAGCUGAGUUUCUCAGAGUCUACAGCCCAGCAGCUGACAGCAAGAUCAGAUCAAUAGCUGGCGAGAAGGUUAUAUUUGGGCGCCGACAUGUUGGAAUAAUGUCAGCUGAAUCAAUAGGAAACUAUGGAGUCCGGAUACUGUUUGAUGAUUUGCACAAGACUGGGAUCUUCACUUGGGAUUACUUGCAUCAUCUGGGUUCUAACAAAUUCAGUCUGUCGCGGAAUUAUAUCAAAACUUUGAGGAAACACGGUCUUAGUAGGGAUCCUCAGAGAAGGAAAUGAUGAUAAGUAUUUCCGUGUGUUAAACAUGUAGAUACGACGGAACUCAAAUAGGCUUUGCCUACCAUGUCCUGGAAUUCAGAAAAACUGUUGCCCGAUGGAGCUUCUGAAUGCUUACACUGAAUCUCUUAAUUUAGCCUGGAACUGUGUUGACGUUGAGAAUAUGGUAAAAAAAAAUACACUAAGUUUAUAUAUAUGUGAUGAGAUUGUAUGUCU